UAAAACAUUCCAUGUGUUUUGUUAACCUCAAAAGCCGCAGUGUAAUUUAAAAAUAAUAUAAAUAAUGUUUAAUGAUUAAUUAAAAGUACGAAUUUUUAAAAGAGACUGUUUGAAUUAAAUAAAAAAAAUAAGAUAACAAAACUGUCAAAAUGUUUUCAGCAAGACUAAAAUUAAUAAGUUGUGGCAUAAGAGCAAGUAAUAAAUACUAUACUUUAAAAUGUCAUAAACAAUUGGCUAAAAAUUUUUUUUCAUUUAAUUUUGAUGAUUUGAAGUCCAGUAUAAAUGAUCAUCAAUUAAUAAAAUAUGACACCGGGUCUAAUUAUAAAAACAAUAGAUUUUUUUCAACUGAACAUUUUGUGACAGAACCAAAAGACCCAGAUGUAUUUGGUGACUUGAGCGGUGAUCGUUAUGAUCAGGUAGAACUGGAUGAUGAAGAAAAAGAAGUGGAGGAAUUUGAUAAACAAGAGUCAAAAAUUCCAAGAAGAUUGAAGUUGAGUCCUGGACAGUAUGCUAAUUUGAUAAAAGAACAUUUGACACGUGGUGAUUUAACAGAAGCAUUAAAAGUACUUGAUCUUAUAAAAAGUAAUCGUGAUAAACCAACAACUUUUAUGUACAAUCUCUUAAUCCGGGGUCAUGCUGUUCAGGGCGAUUUAAAAAAAGCAUGGAAUUUAUAUAAUUCAUUGAAGAAAAGAGAUUUGAAACCAAAUGGAGCGACUUACACAAGUAUAUUAAACGCUUGUUCUAAUUGUCAGUACAGUGCUCAGGCUUUGGAAAUACUAGAGAAACUUCGUGAAGAAUUUUUGGUAAAAAAUAUUGUGCUGAAUGAGGCUCAUUACAACGCGAUGGUCAAAGCUUAUGGUUUUCACAACCGUUUGCUGGAAGCUUUUCAAAUUGUUGAUGAAAUGAUUGACAAGAGAAUAGGUGUCGGCGAAGCCACAUACAAUUCAUUGCUGUUUGCUUGUAACUCUGAUAAAGAAGCGGGUUUGAGACAUGCUCUGAUUGUCUGGCACAUGAUGCAGAAAAGACGUAUCAAGCCUACGUUAAUUACUUACAAUUUAAUGCUACGCGCUAUCAGGGAUACCAAGAUGGGAGACCUCAAAGUUAAUGAUAAAUUUGAUGGCUAUCUUGAAGGCUGUCAGGUUACGCUUAAAGACGACAGUACACCGGAUUUAUUAGCUAAUCCACCGAUGGUCUCAUCUUUUAUCAUCGAUUCUGUGGUCAAUGGAGAUGUAUCAGAUGUCAAGAUGAUCGGUGAAGGUGAGAAAACAAGAUACAAGUCGGCUGCAGCCAGCGCGGUGGUUGAAACUAAAAAUGUACUGGAUAUUCCACUGAAUAAAGUACAUGAGAAAAAUAAACUGAUACUUUUUGGUGGGUAUACGGGAUUUAUUGAGCGAAUGGAACGUGAUAAUGUCGUGCCAGAUACUAAAACAAUGACACUGCUGAUGGAAACAGUACCGAAUUCAGAAGUUAUUGAGAAGAAUAUUAUAACAUUGGCAAGAAAGAAAAAGGUCCACCUUGACAUUGAUUUUUUUAAUAUGCUCAUCAAGAAGAGGAAUCGUCGCGGUGCUUACAAACAAGCUAAAUUAGUGAUCGAUGAAAUCCAACACAGCGGCUUGUCUCCAAAUAUAAUUACUUGGGGAGUGCUCGCGUUAGGAUGUCAUAGGCGUGAAGAAGCACAAACACUUCUUGAUGGUAUGAAGAUGUCUGGUCAUCGUUUAAAUGCAGUUAUUGCUGGUGCACUUAUUGCCAAUGCCACGAUAAAUAAUAAUUUUCUGUAUAUUCUCGAUAUAAUGAAUCUUAUGGCAAAGGAAAAAAUAAAGCCGUCUAAGGAAUUGUACUCAAUAUUAGAUAAUUUUCAGCAGAAGAUAUCGAAAAUUGUAUUAAAGAAAGUAAAAUCAAAACACUCAGAUGAUCCACGUUACAAAACAUUAUAUUCAAAAUUCAAUAUGCGGUACGCCAGGUGGCAAGAAGAAUUUGGCCGUGUCAAGCACGACAUGAGAACAACUAAAAGAUAAAAUAAAAAAUAAGACAAAUUAAUUAAUAUGUACAUAUAAUUUUUUCAUUAAAAUAAUAAUAUAAAAUUAUAA